GGGGACUGCUAUGCGAUGGGACAGGAAAGAUGGCGCUGCCCUUACUCAGAUGGAGCUGGAGAAGGCCUCCUGCAGGUUUGAGCGCGUAUCUAAGCUUUAACAAACUAAUAAAUAUACAAAAUCAAUCUGCUGUCAAAAGCCAGGCCUCGUUAGUAUGUGUUGAGUCUGGAGUCCGGUUCUGCAGUUCGGACAGAGAGGGACGCGGACAGUCGCGGAAAGUUGUGGUGGUCGGCGUCCCUAACCCGUUCAUAUGGUUCCGGACCAAAUUCUGCUUCUUCCUCAUUCGCGCUUACUUCGACAAAGACUUCAGCAUCGAGGAGUUCACUGAUGGAGCGAAACAGGCAUUUGCACAUGUAUCCCGACUGCUGUCUCAGUGUCACUUUGAAGAACUUGAAGGUCUUGUUGCUAAAGAUGUAAUCAGGAAACUGGAGGAGAAAUGUGUUGAGCUCCCGUUGAGUUAUAAAAGAGCACUUUCUGCCGAUCCGGAUGACAUCAUGUACACCAUGCCAGCAGAUGUGGGGUUUUGCUACGAGAACGAUGGGAGGAAGUUUGUCAGUAUUCUGAUGCGCUUCUGGUAUUUAACCAGUGCCCGGCUUCCAGAGGACACAAUGGAGGGAACGCGCAUCUUCCAGGUGGCCAUUGGUAAAAACGGGGAGAAGCCCGAGAGCAAGAGGUUGCUCACAGCCAAUUACGAAUUCCAGAGAGAGUUUACCCAAGGAGUGACGCCAGACUGGACCAUCACUAGAAUAGAACACUCAAAGCUGCUUGAUUAAAAUGAUGGACUCUAAUGGCGUCUGACUUUAAUAUACUGUGCUGUGAACAAGCCAUGUUUGCUGUCUGGAAAGUAAAACUUGACGUGGACAAUAUUCACACUCUCUCUAAUACAUUCUGUGAGAACGAGCCUGUAUACAGUAAUUGACAUGUAACUUGGCAAAUCUGUAAAAGUUAUCAUGUCAUUUUGGAUCUGUACAAAUCAAGUUGAAUGUUCACAAGAUGAUCAUUGUUGAGGGAGAUUUAAGUUAAAUUGUAGUUCCUGUAAGUCUUUGUAUUCUUAUCUCAUGUGUUUGAUAUUGCAUCUGAAAUUUGUUGUUCAAGUAUAACACUUAAAUAUUUCAGUGCAUCGCUGAUGAUAAUUUGAUACUGAGUCAUGCUUCUGUGUCAUGUCUCUGAAAUGAAUUUGUACCUUUUCUACUGACAGAUGGGUAAACUCAGUAAAGUAACCAAGAAAUCUUGUAAUACUUAAUGACAAAGUUUAUCUGAUAAAUUUAGUAAUUUAGAAAGAUGCACAAUAUUGCUAUAGGUUUGUUUAUAGCUGACCAUCACAUCUGCAUGUGUUUCUUCUCCAAACUGUUGGAAUCACAUAAUUGUGUAGAAUGUCUCUGUAUGCUGUAACAUUACAGUUUCCCUUCACUUGAAUUACAAACCUGUUUCAGCAUGAUGAUGCCCCUGUGCACAAAGAGAGCUCCAUGAAGGCAUGGUGUGUGAAGGUUGGAGUGAAGAACUGGAGUGUCCUCUACAGAGCCCUGACUAAACUCAAUCCCACUGAAUACCUUUGGAAUGAACUGAAGCCUUGUCACACAACCUCAGUGUCUGAUGUCACUAAUGCUCGUGUAACUGAAUGAUCACAAAUCCCUACAGUCACGCCUUGAAAUCUAGUGGAAAGUCUUCCCAGAAGAGUGGAGCUCAUUAUAACAAGAAAGGAGGAAUAAAUCAAGGAUAGGCUGUUAAACACAUAUGGGUGUGAGGGUCAGAUGUUCAUAAACUUUUGGUCAUAUAUCUAAAUUAGAUUUGGAUGGAUAGUGUAUCUGUCUGUCCACAGCAGUGCGAUGCCAUCUAAAAUAACCACAUAAUAAAAGAAUUGUGAUUCAAA